GGGUGCAAGGCGCGCCCUGCCUGUUGCAGGACCCAGGAGCCGCUGCGAGGGGCGGGCCGUGUCCCCAUUGGUUCGCCGGGGAAGAAACACCCCAAGGAGCGCAGUCAUUUCUUGAGCGGAGCUGGGACCAGGAGGGCCUCACCAUGCUGAAGCGGGCGGCUGCUGCUGUAAUCGGAGGAGUCGUGGCCGUGGGGACUGUGCCCGCGGUGCUGAGCAUGGCGGGCUUCACCGGGGCAGGGAUUGCGGCCUCUUCCUUAGCGGCCAAGAUGAUGUCAGCUGCUGCCAUCGCCAACGGGGGCGGAGUUCCGGCUGGCAGCCUGGUGGCCACUCUACAGUCUGUGGGGGCAGCCGGACUCUCUACGUCAUCCAACAUCCUCCUGGCCUCCACUGGGUCAGUUUUCGGGGCCUUGCUCGGAAAUUUAAAAAAGGAUGAGCUGUAAAAUAAAUAGAAAUAGAAGUGCUAAAACUUCUGCUUACACCCCAGCCGGCCAUCUUAAGGAGAUGCCAUCUCCAGGAUGCACACGCUGCAUUCAGUAGACAAGUCAGCGGACGUAUCGAGCAGGAAGUGCUGCUUAGAAUGUAAAAAGCUGGAGAGAGCAUCACUCCCACCCCACAACAAGAAAAAGCCAGACAGCCUACAAAAGCAUAACUUUUCUUAAACCCCUAAGAGAGCUGAAGUAGCAGGGCCACCAGAUGGCCGGAACUCUCAGGAAAUUCGGUGCCCCCCAGGAGAGCUCUGAGCCACCUGGGGCAGAGCGUGGGGCUGCAGUGAUUGCAGGUGAGAAUUCAGCUAAAAGUCUUGACUGCUCAAGGCCAAGUAGGGGCUGCUGUGAGCAUGUGGAACCCUGGAGAGCUAUAGAGACAAAAGUGGUCUAUAGUUUUCGAAGGACCUGCUGGGUGCUCCGAAGAAAGAUGAGGGGCAGAAAGAAACCCAGAGAAAACUCCCCUCAAUGAAGCAAGACAGGGAGCAGAGCCUCGGCUCCCACCUUCCUUCUCCCCCAGGAAACAAGAGCCUUUUGCUGCUGGGGGAAGGACAGGGAAGCCUGUAACCACUCCCGCCCCUUCCCGAGCACAGAUGGGUAAGAAAAAAAACGUACCCCUAAGACAGGUGCAAAAACUUCCUGGGCCUGUAUUCAGAACCCGCCCACCACCGGGAGAGGGGCAGGGCUAUUGAGAAAACCUCAAUGCCAGGCCCAGGCCCAGUGGCCUCCCCAGACUGGCUGGACAGGACCACGGAGAAUGCCAGCGCCACCUCAGGAGUAGAGAGACCCUCUCCAAGACACACACACAGAAUGGAACCCCGACGCUCAGGGUGGAGCAGAUACUGAGAAAAAUGGGGCUCUACGGUGAAGCUGGUGGUGUGCUCACAGCAACCACAGCAACAGCAAAAUCCAAACUCAGCUCAACCCCUGAUAAGAUUGGCCUGACCCGCCGCCCCGCCCCCCGCCCCCUGGACAGGCCCAGCAGAAGGGGCGUACCCACUUCCUGGCAUAAACGCUGUUCACCUCUGUGUCUACUGAGCUGUGCUGCGGACGCUGUUGGAGACUUCCCUGUACUCCCCAACACUCUUCCAGUACCUGCCAGCACCUUCACCUCCCUCUGAGGACCGCCCCCCCUGAGGCCUACAAGGAAGUAUCAGGUGUUGGUCCCCCAGAAUAGCCCUCAGCCAGUGAUGGAUUUUAGUUAGGGGAUGUACGACCCAUGGGGUAAGUCGCUCGAACCAAUGGAUGGUCCCUAAUUUGUCAGGGAAAGUGUGGCCCAAUCUCAGUUUGAAAAAGUGCUCCUCUCUAAAAAGUCCCUGUUACCAAUGACACUCGAGGGUCCAGCUGGGGCUGGCCCCAAGGUGGCUGGCACCGGUGACCUGGUGACCUAUCCCACCCCCAACCCCACCCCGCCUUGCUUCAUCACUUUGAAAUUGUUUGAUUCAUUACGAAAACAGUUUUAUUUCCCUGAACAUAUGCCGCAGCUGAGAGUCAGCUGGCGGGCAAGGAGCCAGUUUCAGCCUCCAAAUCUGGAAAUAACCCACAGCGUCGACCGUUCUUGGCCGACAGAAAGACGCCCAUCUUCGGCAGCGGCGGGAGUUAGGCACUCGGGGCCAUUUCUUAUAGCUUCUUUUGACAACGACCUAGUGGUCGGCAUCACCUUUCUUGGAACGGUGAGCCGAUUUUAUGUGAUGAGUCACGGGCAGUGUCUUGACCGCAGUAAAUCUAUUUUUAAUGUUA